AUGGAAGCCGAUCUGACAAGCGUCGAGGUUGUCUUCGCUCAAAAAUUGGCAUGCGGUGAGCCUGUGACGAGGCAGCGUGCAUUUCGUGCUUUGCAAGACUGGAUCAAACAGCAGUCGGCUGCGAAUCCUUUCACCGAAGCUGAUAUGCUUAGGCUAUGCAAGGGACUCCAUUAUGUUCUGUGGAUGCAAGACAAAAUGUUGCUACAGGUAAGAUUCUAAU